UCUCUCCAGGGAACGACCAGCAAGAGAAAAAACAACGUAUUCUCAUUGUUCAAUCCCAUCGUUCCAGGGAAGGACCACGAAGCAAACAACCUGGGUUUCAUUGUGUGAUCACAUCGCUCAAAGGGAAGGAGACCACAAAGGAAGGAUCAGCAUCAUCACCAUGAGAGCUUUCCAGAGCGGUAUUCUACUCCUCGUCUCCCUACUCUUUCUCAUUAACGACAGUGAAGCCCUACAAUGCUAUACCUGCAUGGGUUCUAGUGAUGAAGACUGCAAUCGUCAGGGCUCAAAAACCUGUCCAAGCUACUCUGACGCCUGCGCUGUAGUACGAGGACACGGAAGUGAGUUAAACAGCGGAGUGAUGAAGUCCUGCUCCUACAAGUCUUUCUGUAGCCAGGCCAACAGUCAGGGUUACCGGUCACCAGGGGUCAGAGUUCACUGCUGUUUCUCGGAUGACUGCAACGUGACAGGAAACGUAUCCAAGCUGGAAGGAAGUCUCAGCUACCUGUUGCUCCUCCUUCCCCUGCUCCUCCUCUGGAUCUAAAACUAAACAUAUAACCCAACAGCCAUCUACCCCACCUACCUCCCUACCCUACUCUCAAACUAAACCCAGCACAAACCAACAGCCAUGCCAUCUACCCCACCUACCUCCCUACCCUACUCUCAAACUAAACCCAGCACAAACCAACAGCCAUGCCAACUACCCCACCUACCUCCCUACCCUACUCUCAAACUAAACCCAGCACAAACCAACAGCCAUGCCAACUACCCCACCUACCUCCCUACCCUACUCUAAAACUAAACCCAGCACAAACCAACAGCCAUGCCAACUACCCCACCUACCUCCCUAUCCUACUCUCAAACUAAACCCAGCACAAACCAACAGCCAUGCCAACUACCCCACCUACCUCCCUACCCUACUCUCAAACUAAACCCAGCACAAACCAACAGCCAUGCCAACUACCCCACCUACCUCCCUACCCUACUCUCAAACUAAACCCAGCACAAACCAACAGCCAUGCCAACUACCCCACCUACCUCCCUACCCUACUCUCAAACUAAACCCAGCACAAACCAACAGCCAUGCCAUCUACCCCACCUACCUCCCUACCCUACUCUCAAACUAAACCCAGCACAAACCAAGAGCCAUGCCAUCUACCCCACCUACCUCCAUACCCUACUCUCAAACUAAACCCAGCACAAACCAACAGCCAUGCCAACUACCCCACCUACCUCCCUACCCUACUCUCAAACUAAACCCAGCACAAACCAACAGCCAUGCCAACUACCCCACCUACUUCCCUACCCUACUCUCAAACUAAACCCAGCACAAACUAACAGCCAUGCCAACUACCCCACCUACCUCCCUACCCUACUCUCAAACUAAACCCAGCACAAACCAACAGCCAUGCCAACUACCCCACCUACCUCCCUACCCUACUCUCAAACUAAACCCAGCACAAACUAACAGCCAUGCCAACAGCCAUUCCAACCCAAACCAACCUAACCUACAACGAACCCAACCCAACCCAACCUAACCUACAACGAACCCAACCCAAACCAAACUAACCUACAAUGAACCCAACCCAAACCAACCUA